GAGGAGGGGAGAAGCCCAGCCCCUCCUUCGCCAAAGUUUCUUCCCAGCUGGAUUCUCCGCUUCCUUUCUUUUCUUUCUUUCUUUUCCCCCCUUCUUUUCUUUCCAGGAGAUCCCAGCCCACCCCCCAGCAGGGAGGAGAGGGGCGAGACCCCCUCCCCAAAAAUGGCCAAAUCUUACGACCACCUUUUCAAACUCCUCCUGAUCGGGGACAGCGGGGUGGGCAAGACCUGCCUGAUCAUCCGCUUCUCCGAGGACAGCUUCAGCGGCACCUACAUCAGCACCAUCGGCAUCGAUUUCAAAAUCCGGACGGUGGAAGUAGAGGGUAAAAGGAUUAAAUUGCAAGUUUGGGACACGGCGGGGCAGGAAAGGUUCAAGACCAUCACCACCGCCUACUACCGAGGAGCCAUGGGAAUUAUCCUGGUCUACGACAUCACGGAUGACAAAUCCUUCGAGAACAUUCAAAACUGGAUGAAGAGCAUCAAGGAGAAUGCCUCAGCUGGCGUGGAGCGCCUCCUGCUGGGGAACAAGUGUGACAUGGAGAUGAAGCGCAAAGUCUCCAGGGACCAAGCCGAGAAGCUGUGCAGGGAGCACGGGAUCAGGUUCUUCGAGACCAGCGCUAAGUCCAGCUUGAACGUGGAGGAGGCCUUCAAUACUUUGGCUCGCGACAUUCUGCUCAAAUCGGUCAAGAAAUCGGCUCAGCUCCCCAAGAGACCCCUGGAACUCAAAGCCACACCAAAACCCAGCUCCAAGUGCUCUUUGCUGUAACCGCUAGGAAAUGCUCCUCUCCUAUCAAGGCCAUUCCGCUCGGGUGGGGCUGGUUCUCCCCUCUCCCCUCCCCCCCUCGAGCCCCCCGAGUUAUUUCAGGCUGGACCCUGGCAGGACUUGGGAGACACUUCCCACAACUCCUUCUCCUUCUUUCUCUUUUCCCAUUCGGCAGUUUAAUUUUUUGCAGGAAAGGAAGGGGGAGUUUGGGGAGGGAGGGGGGGGUGUCCCAGAGCUGAGGGAGAGGUUGAAAAAUUGGGGAGGGGGCGUUAAUAACUGGAGAUGCUCCCCCCUCCCAAAUCUCUGCAUUCGCCAGAUGUUUUGGGGCGAUGUUUGUCAAAGUUUGCAACUUUAAAGAUCGGCGAACUUCAACGCCUAGCCUUGCUAGCUGGGGAAUUCUGGGGAAUUGGAAGCCCCCCCCCAUCUUUAAAAAGUUGUUAAAAUAGAAAAAUGCCACGCCCUGAAGCUCAGCAGCACCUUUAACACUGAUAGGAAAGAACCAGAAUUCAGCAGGAGGAGAAAAAAACCUCCUUUUUUUAAAAAAAAGUAUAUAAAUGUACAUAUAUGUAUUUCUGUCUGCUGGGAUUCUCUGCACUUUGGAUGGGUGGAAACCUGGAAUAUGGCACCCAGAAAGAACCCGUCGUAUGUUGGAGGACCAAUUUGCCUUUUCUAAAUCUGCGAAGACAAUUAAAUAUUUGCAGUUUUUUCCGAAGA